AUGUCUGGAAUGGUAUCCGGUCAAGCAAAGGGACCGAACAUCGCUCUCGAUAACUUGGCCCCCAAUACUUCUUUAUCGCAAGACAUCUCAAGAUCCAAUCCUGGAAUCCUUAGUGGUGAUCACUCCACACCUUCCAACGGACUCAAUGGCACUUCGAAUACUCCAACGGUACUUGGGCCACGGAGUCGUGGUGUCACCGAGGUUCCACAACUUCCCAUUCACACCGUACGACGAAAGCUCAGAGGCAUUCAUAUUUUCAUGAUCGCAAUCAAUGGCACGCUUGGAACAGGCCUAUAUGUUCGAAGUGGCCAAAUUCUUGAACUUGGAGGACCAGUUGCGGUCGUUCUGUCAUUCAUUGCUCUCGGUAUCCUGGUCUGGGCGGUUAUGCAAUGUAUCGCUGAGCUUCUAUGUCUAUGGCCUGUACCAGGUGCAGUGCCCUUGUUUGUCAAGAAAUUUGUUGACAGAGAGCUUGGUGAUGCUGUAGGCAUCGCGUAUUGGUUCACCUACUCUAUCGGAUUUGCUGCCUUGAUCACCACUUCUGCUAGCGUCCUAAACUUCUGGACUGCCGAUAUGGAGGGCUUCACUGAGGGGUUCGUAUACGUCGCUUUACCGAUAACACUCGUGGCAAUCAAUUCAGUCAAGGUCGAGAUAUAUGGUUGGCUCGAAGUCGUCACUGGUAUUAUCAAGCUAAUUUUCUUGGCUAUAAUUAUCAUUUGUCUUAUUUACAUUGGGUCUCUGCCCGACAGACCUGUGAGCAAAGUGUCAAGUAAGUACCUCGAAGAUGCUGCGAGGAAGCCCAAAGUUAAAAACGCUAAUACAAUCGGAAACAUAGGUUGGAAUGCACCUUUUGAACACGAUAAUAAUGCUGCCAAUGGUUGGUUCGAGGGCUUUAUGAUGUGUCUUUCAAUCGCUACUUUUGCAUAUGCUGGCGUUGAGAACAUUGCUGUUUCUGUCAUAGAAGCUCGCUGGCCCUCAGUACCAGAGAGACCUCGAUCAUGCCAUGGCUCAUCAGAGGGUCCUACUUCAGAAAACUCAUCGCCUCCUCGACAAAGAACAGAAUUAGCUUCAUCUCAUAGGGCUGUCAAAAAGACACUCGGGUUUACAGCUGUCUUCCUACCAAUAUUCGUUGCCUUUGCUUACACUAUCAGCGGACUCCUCGUCACUCUAAGCCUCAAGAGAGAUAACUGCGGCCUGCAGAGACUUGCCUCGGUAAAGGACAAGAACUGCACAGAGCCAGACCCAAAUGAACGAGGCUUCACAUACUCGCCUUUCAUCAUUGCUGCACAGGACUCGAAGAUUGACAACCUAGAUAAUGUUUUUAAUGCCUUUAUCGUCUUCACAGCGCUUACAUGUGCAAAUACAAACUUAUAUGUUGCGUCAAGGACACUAUUCGGUGUGACGCGGAAUAUUCGUUCUAAGGAGUAUGUACCAAGACUUCUGUCCUGGUUUGGCGUCACGGACCGCAAUAGGGUGCCGCUGCGGGCAAUGGCCAUUUCCGCUGUAGCCUUUUGCUGGGUCCCAUUUCUCCAACGAAAAGAGAGUUUCAAUACAGGGUCGACACUAGGAAAGUUUGUCGAGAUCUUAGUUCAGAUGGGGUCUGUCAGUGUUGUCAUUGUCUGGGCUUGUUUAUGUUUGGCAUAUAUCCGUUACUAUUAUUGUAUUCACAUGUUUCGUGAUGCCUUGGCUAGGGAAGGAAUACACCUGGCACGAGACCGCGAACAGGAAUCCGAGGCCUAUCCGUAUCAAAGUUACUGGCAACCAGCCCUAGCCGGCUUUGCCUUUACGGGCUGUUUAGUCAUUCUUCUGAUCUGCAAUGGAGUCUUUUUGUGGAAACAGUUUCACAUCAUCCCAUUCUGCUCUGGAUAUCUGACGGUAAUCGCGUUUCUAGUAAUCUGGGUCGGGCUCAAGGUCUACAAAGGAGUUUGGUCGCCUUGGACCAGACUAGAUGCGAACAUGGCUAUCAAUAUUAUCAGGGAUCUAAAUGAGCUACGUGACAAGUCACUGCAACAGCCUGCGGAUGGUUCUGAAUCUCGUUGGAGUGCUUUCAAAAGAGCGUUGAGGCAGAGGGGGAAUGGCGUCGAUUGA